AUGGCACUGGUAAUGGAACCUAUAAGUAAGUGGACACCCAAGCAAGUUCUGGACUGGAUGAAAGGCUUGGACGAUUGCCUCCAGCAGUACAUCAAGAACUUUGAGAGGGAAAAGAUCAAUGGGGAGCAGCUCCUACACAUCACUCACCAGGAGCUGGAAGAGCUGGGAGUGACCCGCAUCGGACAUCAGGAGCUCAUCUUGGAGGCCGUGGACCUCCUCUGUGCACUAAACUAUGGUCUGGAGACGGAGAAUCUGCGGACAUUGUCCCACAAGCUCAAUGCCUCUGCCAAGAAUCUGCAGAACUUCAUCACAGGUCGGAGACGCAGUGGCCACUAUGAUGGACGAGCUUCACGCCGCCUGCCCAAUGACUUCCUCACUUCUGUUGUUGACCUCAUUGGGGCAGCUAAGAACCUCCUGGCCUGGCUGGACAGGUCACCAUUCGUUAGUGUGACGGAAUACUCGCUGCUGAAAAACAACAUUGUUCAACUGUGCCUAGAGCUGACCACCAUCGUGCAACAGGACUGCACUGUGUACGAGACGGAGAACAAGAUCCUCCACGUGUGUAAAACCCUAUCUGGAAUAUGUGACCACAUCAUCUCACUGUCCUCCGAUUCUCUGGUGUCACAGUCGGCCCAUCUGGAAGUGGUGCACUUGACCAACAUCAUGCCCACGGAGGGUUUGGGGAUGUACAUCAAGUCCACCUAUGAUGGGCUCCACGUCAUUACUGGGACCACAGAGAAUUCUCCUGCUGACCAAUGCAAGAAGAUCCAUGCUGGAGACGAGGUCAUCCAAGUCAACCAUCAGACUGUGGUGGGCUGGCAGCUGAAGAAUCUUGUCAAUGCUCUCAGAGAGGACCCCAAUGGUGUCAUCCUCACCCUGAAGAAGAGGCCCCAGAACACCCUCACCUCCGCCCCUGCCUUGCUGAAGAAUGUGCGCUGGAAGCCCCUUGCACUGCAGCCAAUUCCUACAAGUCCAAACAGCGACUCAACCACCCCAACCAGCACCAUGGGAAUGUCUUCCAAAAUGGAUUGCUCCAACAUGCAUGAUGUCUUUAUUCUAUCACCUGUUUCGGGGCUCUACGGAGCCAGGGAUGAAAUGGGAAUUACAUCCUGCGAUGACAUCAGCAAGUACAGCAUGGGCAAGUCGGGGAUGAAGGGCUUGGAUUCACCUAGCUACUACCUCGACCAUGAGAGUGGAAAGUACUACACUCUGAUGGAAGGCGAGGGGGUGCCCGUUGGCCCCGACUAUGACCGAGGUCGACCCACCAGCGUGCGCAGACGAGACAAGACUCCAACUCAUGGUGACCUCAGACCGGUUUCCAUGCCAAUGGAGUACAACUGGAUGUUGGAAGCAAAGGAGUCCAGUAUGUACAAGAGGGGCAGUAGAGAUUCAGAGACUUCUCUGCUACACUACCUGAGUGACGACAAGAUUCUGGUGAUCCAAGAGGAGACAGAGAUGCAGCGUGACUCCAAGCGGGACACAGGCCGGCGCUCCCGCAAGAAGGGCAAGAACCCUAGCAGCCCCAACUACCCAAUUAGCCCCACCCUGCUGGGUUCCACUGUUAGACUGGACUCAGGACCCCAUGACGGGCUGCCAUUCCCACUGCCUGAGAGCAACACUGUGCCGUUUUACCAUAGAGCCGGGGAUACACUGCAGGCUGAGCCAGACCGGUACCCUAGUGCUGGCAUCGAGAGACAAGGGGUUGCCCCCAUGAGGAAAUCAUUUCAUUAUGCCUCCCUGAGAACUAAAACGAAAAAGAGAACUAAAGGCUCCCUGAUGACCGGCAGCCGCAGACGGAUCUCUUGUAAAGACCUAGGCCAUGGUGACUGUGAGGGCUGGCUAUGGAAGAAGAAGGAUGCCAAGGGCUAUUUCACACAGAAGUGGAAAAAGUACUGGUUCAUCCUGAAGGACUCAUCACUUUACUGGUAUACCAACCAGAAUGAUGAGAAGGCAGAGGGUUUCAUCAGCCUGCCAGAGUUCAGGAUAGACAGAGCGAUCGAGUGCAGACGGAAAUUUGCCUUCAAAGCAUGCCACCCCAAAAUCAAGAGCUUCUUCUUUGCCACGGAUUGUUUAGAGGAGAUGAACAGGUGGAUGAAUCGGCUUGGGCUGGCAGCUAUAGGGUAUACACCUGAUGACAAAGUGCCCCGUCCAGAUGAAGAUUACUGGAGUGAAAGUGAUCAGGAUGACAUUGAUGGCUCCAUGACUCUCAAACAGGAAGGCCCCUCCUCACUGUGUGACACAUACCACCGAACCCCCUCUGUGAAUUCUUCCAGCCCAUUCCCAGAGCCCAAGCAUGGGCGUCACUUUUCCAGCGAGUCCACAUAUUCCCAGUCAUCUGCGGAGGACUCGCGCCCUGAUGCGCCAGGCAGUGGCCACUCCUCAGGCUGCCGGCCCAUGUACCGCGAGCGGCGCUCGUGGCAGGACUUGAUUGAGACACCUCUCACCAGCUCAGGCUUGCACUUCCUGCAGACAGGGCCAGCUGAAGGUGACAGUGCAGGUGGCUAUGUGGGCUCAGCAGUGGUGGGCAGUGGGCGACAGGUGAUGUCUCCUGAACGUCGACGCCAAGCCACUCUGCCUGUCCAGAGGCGGCACCGCCAUGACCGCGAUGGGCCCUUUCCACUGUUGGGGAGUGAGGAAAAAGGGCUGCACGUCCAUCGCCAUGCUCAUAAGCAGCGUAGCCAGAGCCUGCCACGGAAUCGUGAAGUCCAGGGGUCCAGAAGCGACCUUCUCUGUGGUGGACCUUCAGAGGAAAGGAGUGAGGAUGACGAGGUGCCUUUCUGCAUGCACAAGAGCUCUGGAAAAGACGAGCAUCGAGAGGAGGAGCGUGAAGACGAGGUAGCUGAUGGGCUGCAGGAGCUGUACUGCUGCCUAGAGAGGGCUGGCCUGUCGGCCAUCGGGGAGCCACGGCCCUUCACCAGGCAGGAUUUCCGGCGCGUCUUCCUAAAGCGCUGCGGUGACCCUGCUGUCAAUGACAAGCUGCACCGCAUCCGUGCCUUGCGCAGUACGCUCAAGGCCAAAGAGGGAGAACUUGCCAUCAUCAACCAAGUUCUUGAAGACCCCAAGCUGACUUCCAAAAAAUUCCGUGAGUGGAAGCAGCGGCACCAUGACUUGUUUCUGGACAUCUGCGAGUUCAGUUCAGGCCAUGAUGGUGCUGCGGAACUCUCACCUCUGACCCCGCCCCUUAUGACGCACACCCACUCCUUCAUUGAGACCCAUGUGUAAGGGGGCAGCAGAAAUGAAUGGUGCUGCAUGGGAACGCGGGAGGAAUACCCAUGUCGAUCUUCUACACCAUCAAUCCCAGUCUGCCUCUUAUAGCUGUUCUCACCUCUGGCAAACCGCCCACUUUCUCUCCACCCCCAUCCUUUAUCCUUGCACCAAACAAAAUGACCAAUCAGCCACUGUAAUAUCUGUAAAUACCAUACUGAGAAUAGAAGUCAAUACUGAAGACUGAAGUGUGGAAGGCUCAGAGGGUGCCUAUUGCAUGUCUGAAGAGAGAGUCAUAUUCUUCCUUUGUAUUUUGAACUGAGAGCCAAUAAAACAAAACAAACCAACAAGUUCUUUAAAAUAUUGGUAAAAGGGAAGGGGGGUUGAUAUUUUCUUGUUAAUUAUUUUCUUUUCAUUGUAUUAUCUCAUCCAUCCAUCCAUCCAU